AUGCUCUAUGUAUUCCGUGGCUUCGCCGGUGUUGCGAACGGCGGCAUUACCUCUCUCUCCAUGAUGAUCGUCUCCGACGUAGUGACCUUGAAAGACCGUGGAAAGUAUCAAGGCAUUCUAGGAUCCUGCGUUGGGCUUGGAAACAUGGUGGGACCAUUCGCUGCCGCAGCAUUCGUUGAGCAUUCGACCUGGAGAGGGUUAUUUUGGGUCAUCAGUCCUCUUGCAGCAGUCUGCGGCGUCGUCUGCUUCUUCACGUUGCCUGUGCCGAAAGUUACAUCGAAGCCAGACUACCGGGCUGUCUGCAAGAAAAUCGACUACUGGGGCAUCCUCGCCGGAUCUGCCGCGAUUAUCCUGAUACUUAUUCCAGUAUCUGGAGGUGGGAGCUACUUUGCCUGGGACUCGGCAAUGGUCAUUGCGAUGCUUGUCGUCGGAGGCUGUUGCAUGUUGUCCUUUCUCUUCAUAGAGUAUCGGAUCGCGCUGCUGCCCAUGAUGCCAUUGUCGCUCUUCACAUCCGCACCAAUCUGCGUGAUGCUUCUACAGAACUUCUUUUUUGGCCUCGUGUAUUAUUCUCAGCUCUAUUACCUCCCCUUGUUCUUCCAAAAUGCCCGUGGCAUGUCACCAAUCCUUUCCGCUGCUCUGGUAUUACCAAUUCCAUGCGCGCAGAUGACGGCCUCCAUCCUAUCAGGUCAGUACAUAUCCCGCCUAGAACGGUACGGUGAAGUCAUCUGGUCUGGCUUCUUCCUCUGGACCUUGGGCGCCGGUCUUACCUGCAUGUUCGACCUCAACACGUCUAUCGCCGCUAUCGCCAUCAUCCUGGUGAUCCAGGGUAUUGGCGUGGGCUUUGUCUUUCAACCCACGCUCGUAGCCCUGCAGGCACACUGCACAAAGGCGCAACGCGCAGUUGUCAUCUCGAACCGCAACUUUCUACGUAGUCUUGGCGGUGCUGUCGGUCUUGCUAUAUCUGCCGCAGUACUGCAGAACUCGCUCAAAAAAGCCUUGCCACCAGGCUUUACGUCGCUCGCGCUGUCUUCAUACUCCACACCGGAUUUCGAUACACUUGGGGCAUCACCUACUCAGAUGCACGAGAUCUUGCAGGCCUAUGCGCACGCAAGUAGGACGGUAUUCAUCAUGAACGUGCCUUUCAUCGGGCUUUGCCUGCUUGGAUGUUUGCUGAUCAAGGACCGGGGGUUGCAGCGUCCCGACGAAGUGCAGGAACCCGUCAAGUCGCAAGACCGAUCUGAGGACCGGGAAGCAAUCGAAGCUCAGGCAGAGAAGGAUGUGGGCACGGAGGAAGCCAUGCAAGUUGAUUGGUGGUACAAGGACGAGGAGGUGGAGUGGAAGACGAGAGGCCAGCAGAACUUCAACUCGGUCGGUCAAUCGCUUGGCGAUUAA